CACGUCUCAAGAUAGCUUCAUCUGACCUCACAAUUCCCCUCCGUCGCGCUUUCGGGAUUUAUUUGUCGGUACUAUCCUUUUCCACAAUGGACGUGGCCUCCAGGCAUACAUCGAGGCUGCUCCGGUCUUCUGCCAGCAGCUCCUACCGAUUACUCCAUAAUUCUCGUCUUCCUGCCUCCCGCCUCACAACCACGAACACCUUGAACCGCAUUCAACGAAGAAAUGUCUCCUCAUCAUCUCGAAAACUGGCCCCCGAGCAGUCCCUACUGAACUUUGGAGGUGCUCCUUCGACGGGCGGCGUGCCCUCCUACUUUGCGAAUCACUCCGCACUUCCCAUGAACACCGUCGUCCGUUUCGUCCCCCAACAGACCGCGUGGAUUGUCGAGCGCAUGGGAAAGUUCCACCGCAUUCUGGACCCCGGUCUUGCGAUUCUGAUCCCGUUUAUCGACCGCAUCGCCUACGUGAAGAGCUUGAAGGAAUCGGCCAUCGAGAUACCCAGCCAGAAUGCUAUUACGGCGGACAACGUGACACUGGAGCUUGACGGUGUGCUGUAUACGAGGGUUUUUGAUGCCUACAAGGCGAGCUACGGCGUGGAGGAUGCCGAGUAUGCCAUCUCCCAGCUUGCGCAGACCACGAUGCGUUCGGAAAUCGGCCAGCUUACACUCGACCAUGUGCUGAAGGAGCGUGCGACAUUAAAUACCAACAUCACGCAGGCCAUCAACGAGGCGGCCCAGGCCUGGGGUGUGGUCUGCCUGCGGUACGAGAUCCGGGAUAUCCAUGCCCCCGAGGGCGUGGUGGCUGCCAUGCAUCGCCAGGUGACGGCCGAGCGGUCGAAGCGCGCGGAGAUUCUUGAGUCCGAGGGUCAGCGACAGAGUGCCAUCAACAUCGCCGAGGGUCGCAAGCAGUCUGUCAUUCUGGCUUCGGAGGCCAUGCGGGCCGAGCAGAUCAACCGUGCCGAUGGUGAGGCUGAGGCUAUCCUUCUGCGCGCGCAGGCUACCUCCCGCGGUAUCGACGCCGUGGCUCGGGCUAUCGACGCCGACAAGGAGAAUGCUCACAGUGCUAUCAGUCUCAGCGUGGCCGAGAAAUACGUGGACGCGUUCUCGAAAUUGGCUAAGGAAGGUACUUCGGUGGUGGUCCCCGGUAACGUGGGUGACCUGGGUGGAAUGAUUGCGAACGCCAUGGCUGUCUACGGCAACGUCAGCGGCAGCCAGGCGAAGAGCAUCGCGGCCAAGUCGCUGGGGGUGCAAGAACCGGCUUCCGAGGAGUCCUCGUCCCGCAAGUCUGAGCAUGAUCAGACGCCCAACUCGGAGCAGCAGGAGGGAUCGACUGGCAAGGACGGCGUUGUUGGAGAUGUGUUGCAGAGUUUCGACCAAGCCACUGAGGGCCGGUGAACUGGAAAGUAUUGAGUGACCAUUCGCAAGUAUUGCUUUUCCUUUUCUAUGUGAUAUCUAUCUGGCACUUCUUCCCCGUGAAUUGUAUUCUCUAAUUCUCUACUCUUACGAUUGCCUCUGGACGAGUAUGAAACUGCUUCCUUCCCACCUCAUGUAUUCUACGCCUGUCAUUUUUUUUUCUGUCUUUGACUGCUAGACAUCCCUCUAGCGCGUUGAAGUCAAAGUAUGUGAUUGCAGGAGCUAGAAAAAGAACAGAAAAGGGGACUAGAUAUGGUCCAUGUAUGUACUAUUGCUAGAGUGUUGCGGGCAGGUAAUUUGGAGCGAGGACUAUUUCCAGUACUUUGCGUGUAUCUGGCAUGGGGAUAGGCUGUACAGUAAAUCAAAUGCACGAAGGCGACGCAAUGGAACA